CAAAGAUUUUUUAAUUCUUUUCUGUUGCAAUUAUUUUUUUAUUGUUUUACCGGAAAUUGCUUAAUUUUGACAGCAGCGGUUAACAAAAAGUGACGCAUGACAAACAAACGGAGGAGGCGAGACAGCCUAUUUCAGCGUGUAUCCUGACAAUUCUGUCUCGUCUAUAUAUUUUAUUUUUGUAUAGUUAUGCAGUCUUCCAAAAGGAGUGAGAGUGACUGGCAGGGACUAGUCAGCGAGUUCCUGAUAUGUAAACGCAAGCUGGAGAGUAAGAAGGAGGCGCUUCUUAUCCUGUCCAAAGAGCUGGAUACCUGUCAGCAGGAGAGAGACCAGUACAAGCUGAUGGCCAACCAGCUGCGAGAGCGUCACCAGGGUCUCAAGAAGAAGUACAGAGAACUCAUUGAUGGUGAUCCAUCUUUGCCACCAGAAAAGCGUAAUCAAGUGAACCUGGCUCAACUAUUGAGGGACUCAAGGGAACGAGUGAAACAACUCACUGAGGAGGUGAAGGACCUCACUCAGAGGCUUGCAGAGGCUCAGGGAGACAACAAGUUGCUGAGGAUGACUAUUACUCGACAGAGGCUGGGGGAUGAAGAAGUGGGGGUGCGUCACUUCCCCGCUCAUGAGCGUGAGGAUCUGGUUUGCCAGCUAGAGAGAGCAGGGCUUCAGAUGGAAGAGAUGGAACAUGCCAUAAAGGCGCUGACAGACGAGCUGCAGGACGUGAAGGCAGAACGCAGCGUGUUCAGGGAGAAGUCUGACCGACUAAAUGUUGAGCUGAACCACAUUUUGGGGAACCAUGACACACGAAUCAUUGAUGUGGAUGCCCUUUGCAUGGAAAACAGGUAUUUGCAUGACCGUCUCACACAACUGCAGGAGGAGGUGAAUCUGCUGAAAUCAAACAUUAUGAAGUACAAGACAGCCCUUGAGAGGAGAAAAAACUCCAGCACAUAUGGGAAAUCAAACAACACUCCCCUUACCGGAGUGCUCUCAGCCAAACAAGUCCAGGAGAUGCUUCUGGAGGAGCAGGGCUGCAGCUUACCAGCCACUCCUCAGUCCAUUUCUGACCUCAAGUCCCUGGCCACAGCCCUCCUAGAGACGAUCCAUGAGAAAAAUCUUGUCAUCCAGCACCAAAGGCAUACCAACAGGAUCCUGGGAAACAGAGUUGCAGAUUUGGAAAGGAAGCUGAAGACUUUGGAGGUCUCAGGGUUAUGGAGCCUACCAGGCUUGACCUACCGCGUAUCGGUGGGAAUUGGGAGAGCACGAGACAAUAUAACACUGAAUGAAAACCUUCAGCCAGAGCUUCAUCCAACACCCGUCACAUUUCAGUCAAAUACACAACCCAGACAGCAGCCAUCCAAAGACGACAGAAGUUUGCAUGAAUCAUCUUGGGACUGGCAAACCGCUGGCAAUGACCUUGGCACAGAUGGCGUCAGCAGGGAGGACGCACCUGCACCGCUCAACAGCCUGGAUCCUCUUGAGGAGGUGGAGACGAAUGGGAUUGACAGGAGAGAAAUUGUGACCCUGACGGACAAUCCAGAGCUGGAGGAUGGGCGUAGUCCGGUGGAAGAGGCAGGACGAGAGGUAGAAGGAGCUGAUGAUGAAGAGCUGGGUUCCACGGUGGAGGAAGGAGAAGAAGCAGCUCUGGCGCUUGAUGUCCCUCCCACAGAGUCAGACCUUCAGUGGCUUUCAAUUGAACAAUCCUCUGUCAGUCAUCCAGAGGUGGGUCAUCGUCCCUGCAAGGACAGUGGCUCUAAUGAUGAGCGUGAACACGAAGAAGCGUCAAUAUCAAUUCCAAAGAGCGAGGCUAUGGAGGGGUCGAAUUCAGCCGAUUGGGACAUUCACUGUCCAUCUGCACAGAGCGACACCUGUCAGAGUGACAAUUUGGUAUGAUUUCACAUCAUAGAAAGAUUUGAAAGCUUACUUAAAUCCUUGUCGCUGUUAUUGAUGAAAGCAUUAAUCAUUCCUAGUUGCAUUCCCACAGCAUAGGCUCUGCUCAUUAGCUGCCUUCCUUGCCAAGCAGCUCUCUCUUAGUCAAUAAAACAGAGAAAACACUUUUUCAGCUGCUGCUGACAAAGCCAGAGGUGCACAAUCUAGACAAGCUUGUUGCUGCACGGUAGCAGAAAAUCUUCAAAUCAAUAGAGUUGCAAACUUCAUGCCCUACAGGAAGAACUUAACUAGCAGAAUAACAAAUAUGGCAGCAGCAACUCAUGCCACAUAUUCCCUUUCUUUCUUCCCCCUGCGAAAAGAUAAUCCCAGUUGUUUACUUUUUAAAGUUACUACUGAAUGCCAUUAAACUCUAUGCUGAAUCUUAGUUGGAAUAUUAGAGUGAUUCCAGAUUGGUAUACCAAAACUUUGAAUGAAUGUGUUGUACAUAUUUGUAUAUUAAAAUGCCACUGAUUGUUUUUUAUGUUAAUCUGGAGGUAAAGAUCCAAACUUAUUAUUCCAAAAUUACUUUUAUCUGUCAACAUUCGCCCAUUAAAUGUGACUACUUGUGCCUUAUAUGUCAGAAUACUUAAUAUUUGUAAAUUUAGAUGCAAAAAUCUACAGUAAAACAUUGCUGGUUGUUAUUUUUCUUCCUGUGAAGGGUAUUUAUUUUGACACUCACACAAGUUUGAUUUUUUGACUUCAGUUAUUCCCUGUCAAACAAUGGUGUAGUUCAACUUAUCUGAGGAAAAAUAUAUAUAAAUUCAACACAAAAAGUGA